UUGCUCCUCCGGGCCGCACGCGUGCGUUACGCAACGUACUUGCAGGUUUUUGGCGGGGAUAUGGGCGCCGUUUUUUCGGUAUAAAAACCAUGCACUACCAAUGGUAGACAUCACACCAUCCUGUGUUCUCCAAAGGCAAACAUGAAGGUCUUUAUCCUCCUCUCGCUCUCCGCCGUCGCUCUGGCCAGUCUCGAGCCGGCUGGAUAUCGUCCUCCAGGAUCUGCUUCUCCAUCGGCCAGGUACCUGCCGGCCAGCCCCAUAUCGAACCAAUACCUUCCGGCAAGCCACCACUCCUCUAACUCCAUUUCGAACCAGUACCUUCCGGCAAGCCAACACUCCUCUAACUCCAUUUCGAGCCAGUACCUUCCGGCCAGCCGGUACUCGUCCGCACCUUCGAACCAGUACCUGCCUGCCAACAAGUGGAGCCAAGUGCCCGCUGUCGCUCCUUCGAACCAGUAUCUACCGGCCUCACCUUCGUCCUCGGCGCCAUGGGCCAGCUCUGCAUCCUCUCAGUCAGCACCUUGGGCCAAUUCAGCAUCCUCUUCGGCGUCCCGUUGGGCCGCCCCGUCGAGCCAGUACCUUCCGGCCGCUCAGAACAGCGUCCACAAGUCCUCGAUAAGCGUGCCUUCCAACGUCUACAUCCCAGCAAGCAGUCAUGGAUCGUCUUCCAGCUACUCGUCUCACAGUAACGCAGCUCCGUCGAGCCAUUACCUUCCGGCGAAUGCCGGGUACCGAUACGCCCAUCAGGAUGACGAAUCUGCGCCGGCUAAGUAUGAGUUCGAAUACGAAGUCAAGGAUGAACCCUCCGGCAAUGACUUCGGACAUCACGAGAGCCGCGACGGUGAUAACACUCGGGGAGUCUACACCGUCGUUCUUCCCGAUGGACGCAAGCAGAUCGUACACUACGAAGCUGACCAGGAGGGGUACAAGCCAAGGAUCUCGUACGAGGAACCCAAGCAGGGAUACAACGGCGGAUACAACCGUCAGGGUGGAUACGCUCACGGACACCCGCAGGGACCCUACUGAGGGAUUUGCCUCGGGAUUGGAUUAUGUGCCAGUAACAACGACGACCUAGCGAUCUAGAUCUUAAUAUUCUCGUGCUUAUUGCGUGCGCGUUUUUGUAAUCGUCAUUACCAUUCGCGCACGGUUUACUUCUCUAUUGUGUAAAUUAUUUUUUUAAUAAAAAAGAAUGAAUUCGAUUUGAUAA